UCUCUGGACAUCUGUCCUCCUCUGUGCGGCUGACACCAUGAGGCCCCGAGUGCUGCUGUCGCUGCUGGUGGCGUUGGGCUGCCUUCACGUCCACGGCGCGCCGCUGGAGCACGGCGCCUCGGAGCACGGCGCCUUUGAGCAAGGCUCGUGUGAAGACGCCUCAUCCGCAGCUGCAGCGAGACUGGCUCUGAGCAAAAUCAACGAGGACCGCACGGACGGCUACAUCUUCACCCUGCACCGCCUGUCCAACGUGCACACGGCCCAGCACGGGGAGAACGGCGUCGUCUUCUAUCUGACGCUGGAUGUUGUGGACACCAACUGCAGUGUUCUGAGCAGAAAGGACUGGAAGACCUGCGAGGCCCGUCCCACCCACGACACACCGACAUAUGGACAGUGCAAAGUGGCCAUCUUCAUCAACAGGGUGCACAGGGUGGUGCGUCUCUACAAGUACAGAUGUGUGCUCAGACACUUUUCCGGGAAGAAGUUGCUCGACAUCUGUCCCGAUUGUCCGGUUCUAAUGUCCCAGGAAGACGCUCAGGUCCAGAAGGCCGUGUCCCUCUCGCUGGAGAAGUUCAACCAGGAGAGCGGCCUGGACAAAAAGUUUGCUCUGCUCAAGGUGGAGCGCGCCACAGCUGGAUUGGCUGUGGGGAUGUAUUUUAAUGUGGAGUACAGCAUCCAGGAGACCACCUGCGCCAGGACGGCCGGGGCGGACGCCCAGUGCCCCCCCAUGGAGUGCGAGUUCGCUCACAAGGGCUUCUGUGUGGGCACGCUCCACCAAGAUAUCACAGUCACCGUGCAGUGUGAGAUCUACGAGCCUGAGGCUGCAGAGAGAGAGAAGAACCUGCACCUUCUGGGCGCAGAGACGGACCACAGCCACAACGACACCCAGGCACCGGGCCACGAGCACCAGCAGGCGCACGCGGCCGACCCCGCGCACACGCACGACCACGUGCACGACCACACCAAGAGCCACGGCCACCACCACGACGCCCACAAGCACGCCGACGACGCCCACCACCACACACACGACCACGCCGCGGGCAGCGCCCACAGGCACGCGCACGACCACUCCCACGACCACGGCCACGGCCACGACCACGUGCACGCGCACCACGCCAAGGCGCACGACCACAGCGGCGACGCCCCCAACCAGCACCACGACUACAAGCACGCCGACGGCGCGGCCACCCACCACCACGACCACGAGCUGGCUCUGGACCACGAUCACAAGCAUCCCCACCUGCACGCGCACGAGCACCACCACCACCACCACCAGCACGAGCACGAGAAGGAGCCCCACGACCACCCGGACGGCGCCGUGAGGCUGCUGCCCGACCUGGGCCUCCCCGUCACCCUGCCCUCCUUCCCCGACGUCCCGGCCGGCGGUCCUGAGGCCGGAGUCACUCUGCCCCUGAAGCCCGACCCGCAGAUCCCGGGGCAGAGGGAGCCCACGGUCCAGGCCUUCCCCACCUCCGUCUCAGCUCAGUGCCCCCCCCCAGCGGCGCCCGGCACCACCCCGGUGGACAAAGCCUUUGCUGAGGACCCCGAGUUCAAGACAUCUGCCUAGGACUGCAGACGCAGAGACACAGUUGCCUUCCAUCAGCUCAAAACGUGUCAUCGCUGCUUCUGUGUCAACAGUCUAUUAAACACAUGGCAACAUCAACACUGUUUUUGCAUUUUCUCUUUUAAUAAAUAUAAAAAAUAAAACCA